UUGAACUGCAUCCCUGACUCCUCGGUGACAUCAAUACGUUCUGAAGUCGUACAACUUUCUCUUGUUCAACCUUAGUCUCUCCAUAAGCUAAAACCAAAACCUCUUUUUUUUUGUUUUUGGUUCUUCGGACAUCCUCGUCAGUCGUCACCAAAAGCAAGAUGGAAUUGCGGCGGUUGGGAUUUUGGAGGCAUGUCUUGGUGUUUAUGAUGGUUGGGGUGUUAUGGAACCUCAAAGGGUCCGAAGGGAUUAGGUUUGUGAUAGACAGAGAGGAGUGUUUCUCCCAUGAUGUUAAAUACCAAGGUGACACUGUCCAUGUUUCUUUCGUUGUUAUUAAGGCUGAUUCUCUCUGGCGAUUCGGCGGCGAAGGUGUCGAUCUUGUGGUAACGGGACCUUCAGGCGAGCAAAUUCAAGAUUUCCGUGAUAAGACGGCAGACAAGUUUGAGUUUAUGGCUCAGAAAUCAGGAGUCCAUAAGUUCUGCUUCACCAACAAGUCUCCUGCUCAUGAAACCAUUGACUUUGAUGUACAUGAAGAUCACUUCUCAUACUACGAGCAACACGCAAAAGACGAACAUUUGAACCCUUUGCUAGAGCAGAUAGAAAAGUUGGAUCAAGCCCUUUACAGCAUUCAAUUUGAACAGCAUUGGCUAGAGGCUCAGACUGAUCGCCAGGCAACAGUGAAUGAGGCAAUGAGUCGAAGAGCAGUUCACAAGGCACUUUUUGAAUCAGCAGCACUAAUAGGUGCGAGUGCAUUGCAGGUCUACUUUCUGCGACGCUUAUUUGAGAAGAAGCUUGUAACCAGAGUGUAAUUUAAAUUUAAAUAUUUUUCUUUCGUUAGGGCCUUGUGAUAUUAUAGCAUAUCAAUGUGUUUUCAACUUUUUUAUUUUUUGGUCACUUUACCGUAACUUCAUAAUUUAUUUCACUUAUUUAUUCUA